GCGAGUGAGCGAGGCAUGCAUGAGAACAAGGAGACAACGACCGAGAACAAGCCAAAGAAAGAAGAAGGAGGAAGACGAGGAGGAGGAGGAGAAGGAAGAAGGGGAGAACAGAGAAAAGAAGGACCAACAACACUCCGGCCUUCGAGGAACCUUUCUUUCUCCUGGUUGGAAAAACAUUGCCAGUUUAAGAAGGAAGCCUCGAAGGGAGUUGGGUGGGACCGAACCACCAACCAACCAAUGAUUGUCAACAAUCUCCAGGACAGCAUGAACGAGAAGAGCCUUCACAAUUGGGACGGCGAGUUGUUGCCUCGAUGGGCAUGAUUCAAUCAUGCGGGUUGAAAUUCGAUCCGUUUCGGACUUGGCACAAGUCCACAGGAAAGUGGAUCCACGUGACAGUGAUAAAAAGCCAGCCAUCCAAGCCAAUGGCCUUCCUCCAUCGACGAAUAAACCGAGCUGAAUCAUGAUUUCUCGGUCGGUUGUGAGUGAUGCUCUUGUGGGUGAGAGCAGUGACAUUAGAGGCCAAGAAGGAGGAGAGCGAGAGGAUCUCAAGACCAAAUCGUCCAAACAUAGAGAGCGUCUCAAACAGUUCGGUGCCAGAAAGUCCACUAGCAUCUACGACACUGGACCCCUCUGCUCCGUGGAAGUGCAGACCGUGGAGCCAGGUGACCUCCUCCAGGUGACCGAACAGAUCCGUUGCUUAGUGCCCCUCAACACCACAAAUCGAGUGAGAACCGCCAAAGUGCUGACGAUGCCAAGUCAAGUCAAUCAAGAUCAAGCCAGAGCCGACCGGAGUUUGGCACCGAAUGUCGAUCAAGAGAACCCGAGGCAUUCUCUACCAAGGGAUUCCAAUCAGGGACAGACGGAAGAAAUGCCCUCAAACGAUCUGGUUCCACUGCCCGAGGAUAGGUUUCCACUAAAAAUGGCGCCAAAUGAUCCAGAGGAAUUCCCUGAGCUGAGGCCAAGCCCUCAGACGCAACAAGUUGUUCAGUCUUCAACCUCGAAGGGUGUCAAGUUUGCCCCGCCAAGGAUUGAUAAGAACCAGCCGGGGGAUUGUGCUCACAGUUUGGACAUAUCGAAGGAAGCGAGAACACCCGAGAAGGUCAUCAUGCCUCUGAAGGUAUCCACCACUGAGGAAAAAGACCAUUACCCGGACGAAGUCAAUUCGCUGUUAUCACGAAGCCGGAAUUCAAGCUACCGGAGUUCCGCCGGCAGACAUGGAAGUGUUCGGGUCCGUGGAAAGCUCAUGAAAAUGGCCUCGAUGCCAGCCGACAGCGAGAUCCACGAAUACAUGGAUGGCUUGGCCAAGGAUCCGAACCGAUACUUCACGCCUCACACGCCGGACACCGGUGAGACGAUCCUUCAUCUCCUGGCCAAGGAGGGCAAAUUGGAGAUCAUCCAAAACCUCUUGGUCGACACUCGAGUCGAGAGCCAAUUGGUCAGGGCACUUCUGUUGCCCGACAAAUUGGGCUGGAAUCCCAUCAUGGCCAGCACCAAGGCCGACUCGGGCAUUGAGGAGAUGAUGUUCGAGUUCCUCACAUUUCUCAAGCCUCGAAUGGAUCACAAGCAAUUCUUGGUAUUGUUGUCCACACAAAACAUUUCCAAAGACACGCUGUUCACGUUGCUAAUGAGGAACAGCAACACUUACGAGCCGUCCAGACGCCUUCUUUUUGAAAUCAUCAAGACUUAUGCUACUGACGAAAAGGACAUGAACGAUGCCAUUCUCCGGUUCAUGCAGCAGCUCUCUACGCCCAACUCUUGUGAGCUGACUAGCCGGACUAUGAAGUGUAUCAUCGAUCUGUCCAAUGAGAUUGGCGUCAAUUUCAACUCGUUGUUUAUGCUCAACGACAAGGAUGGCAAUAACUUUCUGAUGGAAUUGGCCAAGCUCAUGAAGGACGAUGCUCUGCGAGAGGUUCUGACCAACAACCAGACCACGAACUUCAUCACUCACUCCGUGUUGUUGAACACCAACAAGCUUGGCCAGACCCUGUUGACCUUGAUCGAGGUGAACCGUGAGAGCUUGUCAGAAUCCCUACCAUUGGUCUUGAAACGUGAAUAUGGCUGCCAUCGGCGAGAUAUGAUCAAGACCGAAAUUUGCUUGUCCAAGCAACUCGAGACCUCUGCGUCGGCAUCGGAAAUCAUUAACGAACUUCACCAAUUGGAGCCCAAAGGUUGUUGCCAGAUCUUCGGGAUCUGGACCAUUCUCUUUCUCACUUCCCUUACCCCUAAUAUAGUAUUGGCGUUUUCGGACAUUUUCUCGGACUCCUAUCUCGUGGUGGAGUAUUACUCGAACAUGAAUAAUCUGACGCACCUUCAAAUUCACGCGGACGAGUGUGAGACACUUAAGGCCAAAUCGCCGAUUCCUCUCAAAGCCUUUGCCGCUUGCCUGGACUCGAAGAACCAAUUUUGGUACACCAUCACGUUCCUCCUGAUACCACUCAUCUUUUACCUGACAGAAUUCCUCACACUCCGACCUGAAUACGAGCCCACAGGCCUCCGAAGCAAGGUCCAAACGUUGUGGCAUGACCUUAAGCAAUCAAAGAAGUCCUGCACCAAGUUCCUUAGCACACUGGGCACUCUCUUGGUGUACGUUAUUGCCACGAUUUGGGCGCUCAUUCUUUGGCAACCCGUGACCGCCGUUUGCAAGUUCUACCGGGAUGCCCGUUACGAGGCCAGUGAAGGAACCACGCGGGUACUCCGACGAAAAGAGAAACGCUUUGUAGAUUUGGCCGCCUCCAGAGGCGAGCUCAUCGAAGUUUGCAUUGAGGCCGUCUUCGAGCCCAUGGUCCAGGGUUAUAUUAUCUUUCCUUCCAUUAUCAGCAUUAUCCAACGUCUCGCCAAUUCCGUUACCGUGGGCGAAGACGGGACCCUUCAAAUCGAGUUUGCUCUCAAAGGAAUCGAGACGGCCCAGAUCUUUUCCAUUGGGAUAUCAAUGGUGAGCUUGGCCUGGUGCUUCAGUGAAUACAAUUCGGUCAGAAAGAACAUGCUCCUGGAUAUCGCAGAAUCGCCCUGCAGUCGAGUGGUGAUGUGUUUCUUCAUGUUACUCCAAGUGAUAGCCCGCUUAUUGGCGUUUAUGAUGUUCACCCUCUAUUGGGGGCCGGGGAAGUUUUACCCGCUCAUGAUCUUCAUUGGUAUUCACAUGGCCUUGUCGGCCGUGCUCCAUAUCAUUUUCUCGGAGGAUAUCAGUUAUUGGAAGAAGGGCAUGUACCUGAAAUUCCUCCACAACGUGAUCAUGAACUCGUUCGCUUGCAUCUACUUCCAUAACUACAUUCGUUUUGAUGAAAUGCCCAUCACCAAGAAGAGGAACGAUGAUGAAUCGAGCUCUGCGGAUGUCUCGCGCUCUAACUUGACCACAAGGUCGCCGUCCAGACUUCACCGUAUGGAGAUCGGGGACACCAAGGAGAGCCCACACCAACGCAUUGAAUUCAUCGAUUCCCAAAGACCUGGCCUGCACAUUUCCACGUUCUUGAGGCAAACCAUGUUUGAUAUGUUGUACUCCGUGGAGUAUGUGGUGUUGUUAGCAUUUGGAUUUGCGUCCGAUGUCGAAGAUCUGAUUGACGAGAAACGGCGGCCGAUCUUCAUAUCGGUCAUCUUGAUACUUUCGUUUGUGGCUUUGGGACUGAAACUCUUGUAUUACACUUGCCUACACGUGUGGAACAAUGUGAUUCUCACGGGCAAGAAGCUAGAACGUCGAGAAUUCACCAAUACCACGGACAAGGAUAAUCAAAUACAGUCACGAUUCUUCAAGUACGUGUUCAUUUCGCGUAACACGUGGAUUCUGGGCUCGCUCAAACACAUUGAGACCACGCUGAUAGUGUUGCCAAAUCGGAUCAUUGAGGCCAUUAAGGGACGCGGUCAAGACCUGGAGGACAAUUUCACUGAUGUCACUCGCAAUGUGAACACGACAUGGUUCUCAUCCCCCAAAGAGCACAUUCAACGACUCAAACCCAAUCACUUGAUCUUGUCCUUGCUCUUCUUCCCGUUGGUGAUCUUGGUGAUUGUGAUCAACAUUCUAAUCAUAGUAUUACUCGUAGUCGGUCUGAUUCUCACCAUCCCGAUUGCCGUGCUGAUUUUCAUCUACAAUUUGAAGAACGGAUUCCGGGCCGUGGACAUUGCCGAUGAAGAGGAGGGCCAAAAUACUCUGGAGCUGCCCCCCGAGGUGGAUAAUGCAGAAACUAUAAUCUUUCAUUCGGAUCCGGAUCGAACCUUGGUGGCCCUUCAGAAAGAAUUGGAGGAGACUCGCAAGAUCGAUCUUUCCCGCAAAUGCGACUAUACCGCAGAUGAGUUUGAUGUGUUUGCCAUGCUUAUCCUCUCUCUGAAUCGCAAGAGAUAUCCACUCAAAGUGUUGAAUCUGGAUAAUUGCGAUAUUUCCGAUGACAAGCUCGUGAAUUUGGCUCCGCUCAUGAUCAAAUUUGAAAAGGUGACAAUGAACGGAUCGCAAAAGCUCACGCCCUAUGGUUGGAAUCACCUGGCUGAAGUGAUCAUCGAAUCAAACACGUGUCGCCUCAAGAAGCUUGAGCUGAAGAUUACCAAAACUGACGACGAUAUUAUCCGAUUUCGCCGUGAGAUCCUAUUGGAAGAGCUCAAGGGCUCGAGCAUGACGGCCGAGGCUUUGGCCAAAAUUGCCACCUUCGCUCCAUAUUUGGAAAAAUUGUGCCUGGACGACAUCUUCAACGACCGCAACUUUCUGGACAUAAUCAAGACUCAGAGUGAUAACAUCAUCGAAUCUUGGAAGGAAUUGGCCUUUAAGAUUACCCAAUGCCCCCUCUCCCGGCGAAGCAUUCGGUCCCUCUCUUUACCCGGGUGCGCCAUCAAUGACGAUAUCCUGACAAUCCUGGCGCCCGCUCUGGUCAAGGUCAAGUUUGUCCGGAUCGGCCGGAAUCCAAUCACUCCUCAAGGCUGGCUCCACUUCAAGAACACAUUUCUGGAUGCGCUCAAUGCCAACGAAUCUCUACUGACUCAUUUAUCCUUGAACGCCGUGAUUGACUCGGGCACGCCCAACAGUAGCAAACUGGUUCACUCGGCGGGUAUGUUGCACCUUUCCCUACUGAUCCCCUAUCUCGAGGAAGUGGAUCUGUCGGGUCAAGUGGAGGUGGGGGCGGAUGGUUGGAUGCAACUCGCUCAAGGAAUGAAGGCCGUGUAUGACAAGUAUCCCCAGGGAGUGGUGAAAACCCGUUCCAUACGAUUGGAAAAUUGCAAGAUUCCCACCAAUACUCGAAACUUCAUGAUCGAGCACAUAGCCAAAUGUCAGCUCCCACAUCCCAUCAAAAUGGAAUUCGGGAAAGAUACUGCAAACGAGAGAAAAGGCAAAUGCUGUUUCGGUUGAUGUCAUUCAGUUAUUGCAACAAGCAAGUCGAGAUGUCAGAUGAUGAAUACAAUUAUUAUUAUUAUUAUUAUUGUUAUUUAUUUAUGCUUCUUUCAGCCGGAGUUAAAGCCAAAUAGCGCAAAAUAAAUUCUAAAACAUUC